AUGGCCCACUAUGGCCGUCUCAGUGUGAAGCUUAUCAUCCGCCGCCAUGUGAAGGACAGCACCCUCAUCUACCUUGACGCUUGUCACGAGACACUGAAGCGGUCCAAUAGAGAGUCCGAGUCAUCGUACAACGAUGAUGUGACGCGGUUAUUCCUCGCGCCAGCUUUUGAGGCCUAA